AUGAAUGGCGCUACCAACCCGAUGCAGCCUGUUGGGUUUGCAACACCCCACAACACAAAUUCUACAACAUCUUUGCAGCACAUGACACGCACCCCCCCUGCUCAUGAGGAUAACACUGACGAUGACUUGCUCAAGUCACGUACCCUGCUUGGACCAGCAAAGGGACCAAGCCAGAAGGAACAAGUGUCUGCUCAUUCGAAGACUCAGCUCCAAGCAAGUCGCCAACACAAUUAUAUUGAGAGCUCACAGACAGAGAUAUUAAGACUUCGCAAAGAGCAAGCCAGGCUCUCGGAUCACCAUGCUGCAACGACAACACGGCUCGAGGGAGAGAUCGAAAGCCUCAUCAAGCGCAUUGAGGCCCUUGAGGUACACGAACCAGCAGCACUUGUUGCCACUGGUGUUCGGAACAACGCAAUGAAUAGUGCCAUCCGUCAAGUGCUGUUCAAGAUGAUGGGCAUUGAGUUUAACGAAGCUCUUCCUGACGCUCUGGAUGGAAAGGACAACUACUGGACAGAAAUUGAUUUCCUUGAUGUCGAUGGCGCAACAACAGCAACAUCUGUUCUUCGACCAAAAUGGGCCGACUCAUGGACCCAUAAUUCUAAGUGGCACAAGUCAUUCUUUGAGCGGUUCCGCCGAGAUGCGAGCAACUACGAACCAACUCUCUCACAGGAUGCAGUCAAAGGCAUGCCUGAUAAGACAUUGCGGAGUGUUGCUGGUAAAGUAUUCCAGACAUUAAAGGAGGGUUAUAAGGAGGGAAACAGGCCAAUUGGACUUCAGUCUUUGAAUGUUGCCAUUGCUUGUCGUGAGAAGCGCCAAAUUGAUAAAUCUAAACUCACUAUUGAGGCUCGCAAAAAUAUCCCAGACCUCAAGGACCAGGUGUACGACUUUGCUUUCGCAUCAAAAUGGCAGUCAACGGAUUAUAGUGCCUCCGAUGCUUCACACCAGAGUUCAAGUGACGAGGUUGAUGUUGUCGUUAACAAGAGACGCAAAGCUUACAAGAAGCCAAAGAAGGAGGACAUCUUCACAACCCAUCCUCCAGCAUGGCGUUCAAAAGAUGUUAUCAAGGAUGAAGUUGAGAAGAUUGUCGCAGAGAGGGAGACUGACAAGAAGAACUGGAUGAAGAAACGAGUACCACAGAUUCAAGGACGACCUCGGCCAGCAGACUCCUUGCCACAACACAACACCCUCAAGACUCCACGAUGGGCAGUCUCAACACGAUGGCUCAAGAGUCUGAUGCAAGAAGACCGUGAGCAGCAGGAGGCGCUUAUGACCAAUGAUCAUGAUGCAGACAUGUCGUACUCGGAAAGCUCAUCAUCCGAGUCAGGUUAG